UUGGCUCAGUAGCGGUAGCAGCGGCCGCGGAGGUGGCGCUGGGGACUGUUUUCCGUCCGAGGCCGGAGCGGAGCGGUGUCUGACUGAGGCGGGCAGCAAGCGGCCCCCGCGCUCCCUCCCGCCCUGCUCCGCGCCCUCCCGGCCGCCGCCGCCGCCCGCCUCCAACCGCCGCACCGGGGGAGCAGCCGCGGCCCACGGGGCCGGAACCAGGCCUGCGUCCGGACGGCAGCCGGAGCCGGAGCGAGAGCCGGGGCCUCGGCGUCCCCGCCCUCUCCGCGCCGCGGCCAGCGUCCGCCGGGCCCGCGCGCGUCGCGCCAUGGACUCGGACGAGGGCUACAACUACGAGUUCGACGAGGACGAGGAGUGCAGCGAGGAGGACAGCGGCGCCGAGGAGGAGGAGGACGACGACGAGGACGAGCCGGACGAUGAUAACCUGGACCUGGGCGAGGUGGAGCUGGUGGAGCCCGGGCUGGGCGUCGGCGGGGAGCGGGACGGACUGCUGUGCGGGGAGACGGGCGGCGGCGGCGGCAGCGCUCUGGGGCCUGGAGGAGGUGGCGGUGGCGGCGGUGGCGGCGGUGGCCCGGGGCACGAGCAGGAGGAGGAUUACCGCUACGAGGUGCUCACGGCCGAGCAGAUCCUGCAGCACAUGGUGGAAUGUAUCCGGGAGGUCAACGAGGUCAUCCAGAAUCCAGCAACUAUCACAAGAAUACUCCUUAGCCACUUCAAUUGGGAUAAAGAGAAGCUAAUGGAAAGGUACUUUGAUGGAAACCUGGAGAAGCUCUUUGCUGAGUGUCAUGUAAUUAAUCCAAGUAAAAAGUCUCGAACGCGCCAGAUGAAUACAAGGUCAUCAGCACAGGAUAUGCCUUGUCAGAUCUGCUACUUGAACUACCCUAACUCGUAUUUUACUGGCCUUGAAUGUGGACAUAAGUUUUGUAUGCAGUGCUGGAGUGAAUAUUUAACUACCAAAAUAAUGGAGGAAGGCAUGGGACAGACUAUUUCAUGUCCUGCUCAUGGUUGUGAUAUCUUAGUGGAUGACAACACAGUUAUGCGCCUAAUCACAGAUUCAAAAGUUAAAUUAAAAUAUCAGCAUUUAAUAACAAAUAGCUUUGUAGAGUGUAACCGACUGUUAAAGUGGUGUCCUGCCCCAGAUUGCCACCACGUUGUUAAAGUCCAAUAUCCUGAUGCGAAACCUGUUCGCUGCAAGUGUGGGCGCCAGUUUUGCUUUAACUGUGGCGAAAAUUGGCAUGAUCCUGUUAAAUGUAAGUGGUUGAAGAAGUGGAUUAAAAAGUGUGAUGAUGACAGUGAAACUUCUAAUUGGAUUGCAGCUAACACAAAGGAAUGUCCCAAAUGCCAUGUCACAAUUGAGAAGGAUGGCGGUUGUAAUCACAUGGUUUGUCGUAACCAGAACUGUAAAGCAGAGUUUUGCUGGGUGUGUCUUGGCCCUUGGGAACCACAUGGAUCUGCCUGGUACAACUGUAACCGCUAUAAUGAGGAUGAUGCAAAGGCCGCAAGAGAUGCCCAAGAGCGAUCUAGGGCAGCCCUGCAGAGGUACCUGUUCUACUGUAAUCGCUAUAUGAACCACAUGCAGAGUCUACGCUUUGAACAUAAGCUGUAUGCUCAGGUGAAGCAGAAGAUGGAGGAGAUGCAGCAGCACAACAUGUCCUGGAUCGAGGUGCAGUUCCUGAAGAAAGCAGUCGAUGUCCUCUGCCAGUGUCGUGCCACACUCAUGUACACUUAUGUCUUCGCCUUCUACCUCAAAAAGAAUAACCAGUCCAUUAUCUUUGAGAAUAAUCAAGCAGAUCUAGAAAAUGCCACAGAGGUGCUUUCGGGCUACCUCGAACGAGAUAUUUCCCAAGAUUCUCUGCAGGAUAUAAAGCAGAAAGUCCAAGAUAAGUACAGAUACUGUGAGAGUCGACGAAGGGUUUUGUUACAGCAUGUGCAUGAAGGCUAUGAAAAAGAUCUGUGGGAGUACAUUGAGGACUGAGAAUGGCCCUGCAUAAAAUGAACUCUGAAAACUUUACCAUCUAGAGUGCUCAUGCAAUUAAAACAAACACAAACACAAACAAGGAGGCACUAAGCCUAUUCUGACACCGCUGGUCUGUAGUACCAGAAUUCUGUUUUGUUAACGGAAAGUUUCAGUAAAUUAUAUUGUAAUAAAAAAGGUAGAUAAACCAUU